CUCAUUUGAAAAGUUUCAGUGUCACUUCAAAUUAAUCUUGACCCUGCAUCAAUAGCAAUUUUUGAGAAAAAUCCAGUAAUAACUCCUGGGAGAUAAUUUAUACAUGCCAUUUGGCGAACAAAUUUGGUGAUGUGGUUUGGUGAUUGCUAACUCGUUCGGUAUUUUAACGCAUCAGCACUGUACAGGUGCGCGUGACGUCACUACUAGGUAACCAAAUAAACAAGAUGGCAGGUGAAGAAGCAGAAAAAUCACAGCCUGAUGACCAUAUGGCAGAGAAUGGGAAGACAGCUGAAAAGACUGGAGAAAAGAAAAAGUCUGAAAUGAAGAGAGAGAAAACCUGUACCACUAUUAAUGCAGGAUUUCGACGGACACCCGAAGAACAGGAUCUAGCAUAUGAACUCAAAGCACAGAUGAUGAGAAAUCUCGAUAUACAAAAUGCAAAAUUGAAAACUGAAUUAACCCUACAUCAAAGACUAGAGGAAUCUAAAUUACUGUACAAAAGGAAUAGGAAACUGCAAGAUGAGUCCAAUAUGUCAAGGGUUAAUGCAAUUAAACUCAUGAAGAUGUAUGAGAGGAAGGCCAACAUAGCAUAUAACAAACUAGAUGAUCUUGAGAAAGAGAUGGUCCGUACUCAAGAACUGGCCACCAGGGUGAGCCAUGAGCUAGAGGCAAGCCAGGCUGGGCAAGAACAGAGAUCCUCACCACGAAACGAGAAGUCAGAAGGAAAGAAAACACCACCCUCUACCUCUCCACAUCAUAAACACACUACUCCAAUAAGACCCGAAGAUGUCAAAAGAAAAAAUGAGAUUUUACUAGCUGAUAAUGAUAAACUACGAAUUGAAAUUCAAAGAUUAAAGAGAGAUAAUGCUGAACUAAUCAAGAAAGCCAAACAUGCACAAUCUGAUAGAGACCAAGCCUUGCAUGCUCUGGGCACAAGUGAAGCAGCAAGAUCAGAUCUGAUGAAGCGACUAGACAAAGAGCGCAAGAGCAAGAAGAAGCUUGACACGUGUAUCACAAGGCAGGCCUCAGAGUGGAUACAAAACAGGAAAACGGUGCUUCAACUUGAGGAAGAGGACAGAUUUGACUCUGUCAAUGCAGUACCUCCAUUAGGGGCAGAUAAGAGGACCUAUGUGCACCCCACCCAGAAAAAUGUCUACCAGCCUCGUAAAAUGGUCCCAGUACAAGACUACAGCUCAGCCAACCAAGGCAACACUGAUCACUGA